AACAUUUUAAGGAAUUAAUGGAACGUGUGGAAAAUCACAGCCGCGGAAGAGGGCAUGAAAGUUAUGCAGAUCGCGAACAGCAGCGGCAGGAAAGAGAAGAAAGAACGAAGCAACGAAUCGAAGAAAAAUCAAAAGAACAGGAAAUAAAGGCUAUUAAAGAAAGAUAUUUGGGAGCUCCUAAAAAACAAAGAAAAAUCAGAAGAAUGAAUGAUAAAAAGUUCGUUUUUGAUUGGGAUUUGGCUGAAGAUACCAGCGUGGAUUAUAAUACUCUAUAUAAAGAAAAGCAUAAUAUUCUUCUCUUUGGCCGAGGGCACAUUGCUGGUCUAGAAGUGAAUGAGCAGAAAAAAUUAGCCGAUAAGUUUUACUCCAAUUAUUUGCAGAAUAGAAGAAACGAAGAGUGCCUCUUUUUUAAGGCAGAAAGAGAAAUAAAGGAGCAGGAUAAAAUGGCCAAGCGUAAACUUGAUGAACGUCAUUGGUCGGAAAAAGCUCUUGAUGAAAUGACGGAGCGUGAUUGGCGUAUUUUCAAAGAAGACUUCAACAUUUCUACAAAGGGUGGCCGGAUUCCACAUCCUAUCCGUUCUUGGAAGGAAUGUGAAGGGCUUUCUGAAAAAAUUGCCAAGAUCAUUGAUAGUUUGGGGUACAGAGAGCCAACGCCCAUUCAGAGACAAGCGAUUCCCAUUGGACUUUUAAAUCGAGAUGUACUGGGUAUCGCACAAACGGGAAGCGGUAAAACGGCGGCAUUUUUGAUUCCCAUGUUAGUGUGGAUCACCAAUCUUCCAAGGGAAGAAAGGAUCGCUCCGGCGGACGGCCCGUGGUCCAUUAUUAUGGCCCCGACCCGCGAACUGGCGCAGCAAAUCGACGAGGAGUGUCAAAAGUUUUCCCGUCCAUUAGGAAUGAAAACAGUAUCUAUCAUUGGCGGACUUUCUAGAGAAGAGCAGGCAUUUCAGUUGCGAUUGGGCGUAGAAAUCGUCAUUGCCACGCCAGGUCGACUUAAGGAUGUGUUGGAGCAGAGGUAUGUCGUUUUAAAUAGAUGCACGUACGUUGUUAUGGACGAAGCAGAUAGAAUGAUUGAUAUGGGCUUUGAGCCUGACGUUAAAGCUAUUUUAGACUUUAUGCCUGCUUCAAACUUAAAACCUGAUAACGAUGACGCUGAAAAUCCCGAUGUCCUUGCGCAGAAUACGAAAUCUACCAAAAAAUACCGCCAAACGGUAAUGUUUACCGCAACGAUGCCUCCCGCCGUCGAAAGGUUAGCGCAGAGCUACAUGCGCAAACCCGCCACUGUUAUUAUUGGAACCGCCGGAUCCGCCGUGGAAAGUGUUGAACAGCAAGUUAUGUUUAUUAGUGAACUUGAUAAAAGAAGUAAACUACUUGAAAUACUUCCGGAGUGCGAGCCUCCAGUUAUCGUAUUUGCCAACCAAAAGAAGACUUGCGAUUAUUUAUUAAAGACACUUGAUCAGGCUGGGUAUAAAGCAAUUACUUUACACGGCGGGAAGUCCCAAGAACAAAGACAGCAUGCUUUGGAAUUACUAAAAACGGGUGUGAAAGACAUUUUAGUGGCCACUGACGUCGCUGGACGCGGAAUUGACAUUCAAGAUGUCUCAUUGGUCAUUAACUACGACAUGGCCAAAACUAUUGAAGACUAUACGCACCGCAUCGGACGAACAGGACGCGCAGGAAAAUCUGGAGUUGCUCUAACUUUUCUGACUACAGCCGAUAAAGAUGUUUUGUACGACUUGAAGCAGGCGAUUCUGAAAUCAGAAGCCAGCGUAUGCCCUCCGGAACUCGCCAAUCAUCCCGAUGCCUUAUACAAACCUGGAACGAUUGUUAAUAAAAGGAAGAGAGAAGAAACUAUUUUUGCUUAG